UUGGCAAAUUAGUCAUUGAAAAAAUAAGAAAUUUCUAAAUAAAUAAUCAAUGUUGUAUACAGUACACCCACAAAUCAUUUUGUCUACUCUGUAUUUGCAGUGACUUUCUUAUCCCUCUCAAUCAUUCCACUCAUCUUCUUCAAUUUCCGUUUUCGGCCUUACGCGCUUAAGCUUUAGUAUGAACAGCGAAACAGUGAUUGAGUUUUUAGGCAACGUUCCCUUGCUGCAGAGAUUACCGAGUUCUGUGUUCAAGAGAAUCGCUGAUGUUGUAAAAUUUAAGCACUUUGAGAAAGGAGAUUAUGUCGUUCGGGAAGGAGAAGUUGGAGACGGUAUCUAUUUCGUAUGGGAAGGAGAGGCUGAAGUAUCUGGAUCAGUCCAUGCUGAAGAAGAAAACCGACUUGAGUAUCAAUUGAAACGAUAUGAUUACUUUGGCCAUGUUAAUCCUGAAUCAGUUCACGUGGCAGAUAUAAUUGCCUUAACUAAGCUGACCUGCCUGUUUCUACCUCACGAGCAUUGCACUUUGCUUCAGUCAAAAUCUAUCUGGAGCACAGAUAGGACGACGGAGACCUGUGCGCUCGUGGAAAGUAUAUUGCAUUUGGAGCCAAUAGAAUUAAACAUAUUCCAGGGGAUUACUUUGCCAGAUGCACCAAAAUUUGGGAAGGUCUUUGGAGGACAGUUUGUUGGACAGGCACUGGCUGCAGCAUCAAAAACUGUUGAUUCUCUUAAAAUUGUCCAUAGUUUGCACUCUUAUUUUCUUAUGGUUGGGGAUUUUAAUAUACCAAUAAUAUAUCAAGUUAAUCGUCUACGUGAUGGUAGAAACUUUGCUACCCGUAGAGUAGAUGCAAUACAAAAAGGAAACAUCGUAUUCACACUAUUAGCUUCUUUUCAGAAAGAAGAAGAAGGGUUUGAUCAUCAAGAAGCAAUGAUGCCAUCUGUGCCAGCUCCAGACAGGCUUCUGUCAUUGGAUGAGCUACGAGAGUUACGUCUCACUGAUCCCCGUCUUCCUAUGAGUUACCGAAAAAAGGUGGCCACAAAGAAAUUUGUUCCUUGGCCCAUAGAGAUAAGAUUUUGUGCACCUAAUACUAACACAAACCAGACAAAAUCUGAUCCAAGUUUGAGGUAUUGGUUUAGAGCCAAAGGAAAACUUUCAGAUGAUCAAGCUCUGCAUAGAUGUGUAGUGGCCUUUGCUUCAGAUCUGAUAUUUAGUUCUGUCAGUUUGAAUCCACACCGCAGAAAGGGUUUUAAGUCAGCUUCCCUUAGCCUGGACCACUCGAUGUGGUUCCACCGGCAUCUUAGGGCUGAUGACUGGUUAUUGUUUGUGAUUGUUAGUCCUACAGCCAGUGUCACCCGAGGCUUUGUUUCGGGCCAAAUGUUCAACAGAAAGGGAGAGCUUGUUGUAUCAUUGACUCAAGAAGCACUGCUUAGGAUGGCUAGGCCCCCAAACCCAGCAACGGUCUCAAAGCUUUGAACUAUUCUAUAGUGUUAAUAUUUGAUGUGUUGAGCUUUAUGGUCAAAUGUAAGACCUUUUUGUACUAAGGACUAGGUUCCGAGUUUUCUAGCAUUUUAUAAGUUCUUAAUCCGGAUAGUUGCUUUAUAGCAUUUUGGUGGAAAGACACCACACUAAACCCUAGCGUGGACUCUUCCACAUAAAAAAAAGCCUCCUCUGUAUUAAGAUAAAACUCUCUUUCAUCCUGCAGUAACAAGCUUGUAGGAUGUUUUUUAAGUAUGGGGAAAGCCUCCCACACCUGAAUAUCCUUCUGUCACAUAUUAACCUUUCAGUCAACAACUGCUGACUCUGCCACCCCAAACCCUCUUUGACGGGUCCUGCAGUUGUAGAUGGGACACUUUAUGUUGUAUAUGAGAUUUUUGGAAAUUUAAUGAUGUGCCAGAAGGAUAUUAGGGCAUAGGUGGCUAUUUGGAGGCUUCCCCAUACAUAGAACACCACCACCCUACAAGCUUGUUGCUGUUGGAAAGAACUUUUAUCUCGUAAGGAUGGGGGGGGGGUGUAGGUAAUAGUUGAUGUUAGCACUGCAGACAAUAUGAAAGGGAUGAUGGCGAGUGCUUAUGUACCAGCACUCACUGCAAAUGAUGAGGUUAUUAUAAGCUGUAAACAUUUCACUGCAAAUGGUAGAUUAUUGUAAGUUGUAAAUGUUUGGCCAUCUGAAAACAUUGAUUGGGCUUGGAUAUCUUCUAAUGCUGUACAACACCUUUCAGUUUUUAGCA